CUAAGCGUUUUCCGGCGGCAAAAAAGCGGGUAAUUUUGAGCAGCGACAUCACUUCCUCAUUUCCGUACUCUUUAAAAACUACAACGUGUGCGCUUUUACUCGUUCCUUUCAUUUAUUAAUGUUAAUGCUGUGGUGGGUUAUUGAAAAAUGAGAACUUUGGAGGAAGUUCAAGCGACACUUGAGAUCGCCAAGCUGAAUGAAGAAGAUCUCCAGUCAACCGUCCAGUGUUUGUCAAUUGGAGACAGCGUCUCCUCUGAUAACUACUGUCUCUUUGAGCUGGACGACACAUUAUGUCAACACAUAGAAGCUGGACAGAGCUUGGUGAUAAGAGGAGACAAUGACGAACACGCCGUGUUGUGUAGUGGAGACAAAACGUACGACUUAAAGAUUGCUCACACGUCCAACCUGCUGCUGUUCCUACCCGGAUGUAAAACAUCUGAACAACUAACCAACAGCCAGCAGAGCAUGCAGGUGCUUCAUGCUCAGAUCUGGGGCUUUUGCAACAGCUACUGGGAAGUGAGGAAACAACGUCCCAGGCUCAAGAAACUGUUACGGGUUUUAAUGGAGAACCCUUACGAAGGACCUGCUCUGGCAGGGCAGCAGGAGAACACAGAGAACACGUACACCAUGGAUGAUCUUCUGGAGACAAUCCAAGCCAGUGAAGAGGAGAUAACUAAACACUUGAAGACCCUCCAUGCUUGUCAGAUAAACGGCUGCUGGCGUGUCCUGGACUCAGACUACGAGAUGAAGUUACUGGGUCAUGUGACUCAGCUGGUGGACUCCGAGUCGUGGCCUUUCGACAAGGUUCCGCUUCAAACCAGUCUCCAGGAGUUGGGCCCCCUAGAACCCAGAGAGAUGAUCGAGCAUUGUUUAAACUGCUACGGGACACGCUACAUUGAAAAUGGCGAGGUGUUCUACGCCUUGGAUGAGGCUAAAGUAUGCCGAGCCACGGCGCUCAUGUUGCUGAAGAAUGCUGUCAAGUUCAACCUGGGGGAGUUCAACGAGGUUUGGCAGCAGAGCGUCCCAGAGGGCAUGAACACCAGACUAGACCAACUUAAGAGUGUGGCCCUGGUGGACCGCACCUCCCGCCCCGAGACCAUCUGCCUGCUUAGGGUGGAAGAUCUCCCUGAGGACACCCUGGAACGCUUUAACCAUCUCUUUACACUGCGAGAAAAAUGGACUGAAGAGGACAUCACCCCUUAUAUAGAGGAUCUGUGUGGCGAGAAGCAGACUACAGGAGCGCUGUUGACCAAAUAUGCUCGAUCUUCGAUGCAAAACGGCACCAAGGUGUUCAAUUCCAGAAGACCUGUAGCUACAUGAACAUUUUCCAUCACAUCGCAAUGUACAUGUUUAUGUGCUGUCAUGUUGAUCUUCUGCAUUUAUCAUGCAAAAUUGUUAUAUUCUAGAGUUUUACUGAAUAAAAUUACAGCUAAAAAUAAUACAUUUAGAUAUUUAAUCAUAUUUUGAUGUUUACUUACUGCUGUUCCACUGGUUGUCCACCAGGUGGAGACGUGGCAACAUAGAAGGUCUCAUCUCCAGGGGUGGUGGUUGGUGUGGGGGGGUAGUUAAGCCAAUUCCAACAGAUGACGUGUGUGUUGUUUGUGCCUGCAUGCGGCUUCUUGCAGCCCGUGUCAGCACUGAUGUGUGACUCAUUGUGUUAAACCUCCGCUGACUAUUUCGCAACCAACACAACUUGUGUGCGUGAAUCAUCCCAUGAGUUCAGCAGACGCUGACAAAAAAAAGUGACUUAAAGCCUGUUUCAACAACAUCCAUCAACGCACACACAGAUUCCAAGAGGACCUUUGUCUACACUGGUUGGCCGACCUUGACAUCACUGAUGGGAAGUCUGACUUAUCAGUUGAUUGAGCAAGUGUGUGUGUGUGUGUGCACGUGUGUGUGUGUGUGUGUGUGUGCACGUUUUCAAUAAAAUACAUCUACUCACCAGAGAUG